AUGAAGCUAAUACAGGAGAAGAAGCCCUUGCUGGCAGCCUUCUUACUAGUGAUCGCCAGCCACUGCACCGGCCGGAGGAGCAAUCCCAUCAGGAGCCCAUCCUGCCACCCUGUCAACGCCACCAUUGCUGCUGAGAAGGACGAGUGCCCAGUCUGCAUGAGCGUCACCACUGCCAUCUGCGGUGGCUACUGUGAGACAACGGAGAUCCUAUUCAACGUGCUCUCACCCCACGUCCAAAGAGUCUGCACCUACAAGGAGGUGCGCUACGAGACCGUGCGCCUGCGUGGAUGCCGGCCAGGAGUGGACCCGUCCUUCACCUACCCCGUGGCUGUCAGUUGCCACUGUGACCUCUGCAACCUGGACUCCAGCGACUGCACCGUUCAGAGCAUCGGGCCCGACUUCUGCAUCAACCAACGCGUCUCCUCCCAGUGAAAAAGGG